AGUUCAGGGGUCUUAGAACGUUGCGACAGCUCCUGCACUGAAACGUCGCCUUUUAAUUGAGCUUCUGUGUCCUUUCCAAUCCUUCAUCCUAUUUCUCGUCUUUGAAAUAGUGCCAUUUCCCCUGGGCAUUUACCAUCAUCAUACUUCAAUUGAUUUCUUUCAAUCUGCCUGACUGGUCUUGGCAGUCUAUAUAACAAACAUGUUUAACCUCCGCCGACUUCUCGCCAGCGCCCUACUGCUGGUGGGUGUAAGUGUCAUCUGCUUCUCCCAGACGGCCGCCGCCACCAAGGGACCUAAGAUUACUCACAAGGUCUACUUUGAUAUCACACACGGCGAUGAGCCUCUAGGCCGAAUUGUCAUGGGUCUCUACGGCAAGACCGUCCCCAAGACCACCGAGAACUUCCGAGCUCUUGCUACCGGCGAGAAGGGCUUUGGUUACGAAGGAUCUACUUUCCACCGAGUUAUCAAGCAGUUCAUGAUCCAGGGAGGUGACUUCACCAAGGGUGAUGGCACUGGUGGCAAGUCGAUCUACGGUGAGAAGUUCCCCGACGAGAACUUCAAGCUAAAGCACUCCAAGGAGGGUCUCCUCUCCAUGGCGAACGCUGGCAAGGACACCAAUGGAUCUCAGUUCUUCAUCACCACCGUUAUCACCUCGUGGCUGGAUGGCCGACACGUUGUAUUCGGUGAAGUGUUGGAGGGCAUGGACAUUGUCAAGAAGAUUGAGAAUGUCAAGACUAAGCCCGGCGACAAGCCCGAGAAGGAAAUCAAGAUUGCCAAGAGCGGAGAGCUCGAGGUGCCGCCUGAAGGUAUCCACGUUGAGCUAUAAGCACAAGUCCCAAACCACUGUAUUCGUCCCGCCUGUCUCCGUCGUUUUCUUACUGAUGCGUCUACCACCUGGUUCCAGAUAAUCAAGGAGAAUCCGAAUGGGCUUCGGGACAUUCAACCGAACAGGAGAAACCCGUAGUUGACGAGACUGCUGCUCUCUCUGCUGAAUGGUCCGUUUUCCAGAAGGCUCUUCUUUUCGGUGUUAUUCUUGCUGCUAUCGCUUUCUAC